CUUCGAAACCACGCCUUCUCCCUGACUAUACUUUACAUUUUCGAGGCCAAAAUGCCCGAAUACGAACUGGCUUUGAUAACAAAACUGCUAACAAAGGAGGGUCUUGCUUCAGUGCUCCGCCGAACAGCUCUAUUUAUAAUAGACAAAGGAGGGGUAGUAAAGAAAAUGGAAAACCUUGGAGAGCAAGAACUGCCUUACAGAAUUAGAGCACAUCAUGAGUGGAACACGCAUGGAAGAUACUUCUUAAUUAACUUGGUCUUGGGAGCAGAUGGUCUCAAAGAGUUAAAACAUGAGCUGGACACAGAUAUUGAUCUGAUACGACCAAGAUUAGUCAGAGUGAGGAGUUGCUAUGAACCAAAGGAAAAAGAACACAACCUUCUGAAAUGCUGGAACAGUUAUAAGCCUCCGAAUACUUAAGUUAAUAGGUCUGUACACAAGAUGAUAUAAGAGGAAAACAUAGUUGCUGUUUUAUUCGUUUGCAAAUAAAAUCGAUAUUUGCAUAAAUUUAAUAAGUUAAUUUUUGGUCAAGCAGGACCAGGACUUUUGUAAUAGGAGACUUGGAAAAAGUUACAGUAGAACAAGACUUUGAAAAGAAACAGCACAACUUCAGAAAUAAGAAGAUACUUUUAAAUUUCACAAACAUGUUUCGAAAAAAGACAUCAUCAUCUUCGGUGUAAUGCAAGACAGUAUUUACAAUCUGUUUGAAUUGAUUUGCAACAAAAGCUAACUAACGACUACUGACCAGGAGGUGAAGAUUAGAAGAGAGCCUGACUGUUCAUGCCAAAACUUGUGCACGUGACACAGUUGUGUUACAUGUGAUUCAGACUGACCAUUGUAUCACCUCUUUUCCAAACUCAUUCUCAUGGCCUUUUCCCUUGUUUGGGGGCAGGAUCAGUAGGAUACCCGCUCUGCCCCCAAAGAAAAAGGCAAUGGGAACCAGGUUGCCUCAUUUCAUGUCAUAUUAUAUUGUAAAUAAAUCAUCAUGAAACAUUUA